AUGGAGAACCUAUGGCAUCUUCGUCGUGUGGCGGACAAUGCUGCAAAGGCCUGUUGGAUAUGCUACAAGCCAUCCACCAGUGUACUUAUUACUCCUAAUAACAAGGAUUUCUUCUACGUUUGUCCUGGACACUUAUCCGAUAGAGGUUUCUGUCAACCAGAAGCUGACGAAGCGAAGAGGGUUGCAGACCAGAAGAAGCAGGAAGAGCUAGAUCGCGAGAUUGAAGCCGUGAAGAAAGAGUACGAGGAGAAGCAGAAGCUCAAGCGUGAAAAGCGCAAAGGAAAAGAUAAAGACAAGGACAAGGAGAAAGAGAAGGAGACCAAAGGCAAAGAAGAAGAGGAGGACAAACAGGAUGAGAAAGCCAAAGACGACAAAAUCAAAGAGCUCUCCAAAACCAAAGACCAAACUCAGGCUGAGCUUGGUCCGCGCAUAUAUCAGCUCAACAAGAACUUCUAUCAGAUGCGUCUAGACAAGCUGCGGAAUGCCGAGGUUGCCAAACGAAAUCGUGAACGACUGAACAACCCUGCAAACUUUCCAUCUGUGCCUAGCGGCAAUCCCUAG